UGUGAUUUACGUUUCUGCGAUUUCGGUAUAUUUUUGUGUUUUAAUCAAAAAUGAGUAUGAUUCAGACAAACGUAGAAGAAACCUAUCAAGAGGCUCUCGAUGGCCUGGACAAACUUAACAUUAGCACAUCGAAUUAUGAUAACUUUCAUUCUCAAUCGGAAGACAUUCUUCGACUAUUUCUCGACUGCCAUAAAUCGGAAAAAGAUGUGCAAGUUGAAAUAGCACUCAAGUGUCUCAAGAUGCUGAAGCAGUCCUGUGCCUUGGGUCAAACCUUUCAAGAUGAGAUUAUUGGAAAGAAAAAUCUGCUACAAACUUUGAAUGGGAUACUUCAGGACGAAGCUGUAAGUGAAGACGUACGAAUCAGUUGCCUCCAACUAGUGGCAAAUUUGUGCGUUCAGAAUCCGCCUAAUCAGGCUUCUGUUCUGCGUGAAUUGCAAGGAUUUCUAUUCGAAUGUAUUGAAAGCAAUUCCCGCUUUGCUAAUGCGUCUGCUAUGAUCGUUUAUAAUGCCUUUUUGUCCAAAGCCAGCGACAGUUUGGAGACCCAGCAGUUACUGGAAGUGCUAUUAGUCAAUAUCGAGACUGCCCGGUUAGCUCAACAAGACUCACCAGAAUUUGUGUGCAUUUUCGUGGAAUAUCUGAUGUGCAAAACCGCUGAAAUAUUGGACGGCUACGAAAAGAUCAGUUUGGCGAAACGCAUUCAAUUUUUGCGGUAUUUAACAGAAUACAUACGCACGGAAGAUCGCCGCUCCACUCCAGUGAACCGUGAACUAUUCCGACAUUUAAUGCUUGAUUUUAACCAAAAAUGCGACUCGGUGUUGAAAACCACCGACAACUACUUGGAUCAGGACCAGUCCGAAGAACUAUUCACGCUACUCAUGCUGCUUUCGGACGCAACUUGUGUACACCCGUAUGGACAGUUUUUAAAAUUGUACAAAACUUUAUUUUUAAAUAUGGGCUAUUUGUUACGACAAUUGCAUGAGCUCGGCAAGAAUGAAAACGAUAACAUGUUUACUCCCGUUCAGAAAAUUGAAGAAAUUCUCAAAGUAAAGCAGGGUACAAGUAAAAUUAAAGUGGAAGAAGAUAUAUCGUUCUCGCUAAAGUCGUCGUUGGUAAAAGCGUUGGUCAAUCUGCUGUAUCAAAAUAAGACAAAUCAAAAUCUUGCCCGAGAAACGGGGUUUAUACCGGUGUUACUAGAAUGUACAAAUUUGGAUGCAAGAAAUCCACUUAUAAAAGAAUGGACAAUUUUGGCUAUUCGGAAUCUCUGCGAGGAUAACUUGGAAAAUCAAAAAUUCGUUGCGUCUUUGUCAAAGAUAGGCGACGCAGAAAAUUCAUUGGUCUCCGAAUAUAACGCUGAAGGGGGCACUAUUCGGAUAUCCUCGCGAUGAAGCAAUAGAUGAUGAACGAACAUGAAUUACACAGGUAUGUUUGUAUUUGGCUGCCUGACUAGAAUGGAAUUAUAGAAACAGUUUGCUUGGAAACUGUUCGUAGAAUAAAGCUGGAUUCGGCUUGCUUAUCGACUUGUGUUCAAAGCUAAAAUAAAAGUCAUUAGUAAAUA